ACAAAAUGUCGAAAAAAUUCACAGAUGCUGAAGAUGAAAUAUUGAUUUAUCAAGUAUGUGAAUAUCCUUGUAUUUAUGACCAUGAAAAUAAAGACUUUAAAGAUUACCAAAUUCGGGAAAAUGUAUGGAAAGAAAUUGCUGUAAUUUUAUCCAAGAAUCCCGAAGAAUGCAAAAUUCGCUGGAAAAAUAUUCGCGAUAAUUAUUUUAAAAAUAAAAGAAAGCAAAAGUUAGGAACUGGUUCGGCGGCAUCAUCCCGACCUACCAAGUGGACACUGUUGGAACUUUUGAAAUUUUUAGAAUUGGUGAAGACUGAACGAAGGCGACUUCAAAACUUUGAUGAGAGUCAAAAUGACAAUAAUUUACAGUCACAAACUUUUGAUGAUAAUACGACCGAUUCAGAAUUACAGAUAGAUAACGAAAUUGAUGACGUCGCAUCACCGGAAUCUAUCGAUUUGAAUAUACCUGCAAAAAGAUCAAAACCAAAUAUGAGCACAAGUCGAUCAAAUACUCCCAGCAGUAAAUCAAACACUCCAUCACUAUCAGGAAGAUUUGUUAAAUCCACAACAGCAAAAUCAAAACUACUGCAAAAUUUAGAAGAAAUGUCAAAAGAGCGCAUGGAAAUUUAUUCGAAACUCGUAGAUAAUCAGAAUGAAGACGAAGUUGAUUUGUUUAUGAGAAGCAUGGCUCUAAUGAGUUCGGCAUCCACCUUGAACGAGAUAUUGUCGCAGCAACGACAGAUGGUGCUGCAGUACAUCAUCAACUGUGCUAUGCUCAUGGACUGCAGCUAG